AUGAAGCGGAAACAGCAUGAGAAGCCUCAGGACAAGAGAGACUACGAGAAUAAUGGUGAGUCAUGGUUGAGAGGGAAGACGAUUGGCCGRGGGGGGUUUUCCAGGGUUUCUCUGGCUAUGACGAGGAGAGUCAACACACGUCGAUGCAACUUGCCGCCGAUUAUGGCUGUGAAGUGGGCGGAGAUCCUUCAAUCGGAUACGCUUCAGGAGGAGAGAGAAGUUCUGGCCGACCUAGAUGGAUGCCCUCAUAUCGUUCACUGCUUUGGCGAUGAAGUCACCUUUGGGAACAACGAGCUUUACUUUAACUUGCUACUGGAGUACGGUUCUGGAGGAUCUCUAGCCCAACAUAUAAAGAGAUCGAAUGGUGGAUUACCUGAAUCCGAAGUGAAGCGCUAUACAAAGUCGAUUCUUGAAGGGCUCGUUUACAUUCAUUCUCGUGGCUAUGUCCACUGCGAUAUCAAGCCUGCCAAUAUCAUUCUCGUUCCUUCCUCUACAUUUGCCUUCUCUUUGUCUUCCCGAAAGCGAACGACCAGGAGCUAUUGCUACGUUGUAAAGAUUGCAGAUUUUGGAUUAGCGAAGAAGGUUCAGCAGAAGAAAUUGAAGAGUGGUUGGAGAGGCACUCCUCUGUACUUGUCACCGGAAGUUGUUAGAGAUGGUAUACAGGAGGCUCCCGCUGAUAUAUGGGCUCUAGGUUGCACUGUGGCAGAGAUGAUAACUGGGAAGCCAGCAUUGAGUUGCAAAGUCGGUUCGGAUGUUAAUUGUAUUCUGUUUCAGAUAAGCUCUGGUUUUUCCUUGCCAGAGGUACCCAGUGAGAUGUCAGACGAGGGCAAGGAUUUUCUGAAUAUGUGUUUCAUGAAGAAUGCUGAGUUGAGAUGGACAGCGAAGAUGCUCUUGAAUCACCCAUUCAUUGCAGGAGAUGGAUGGGAGACCAUGGCACUUUGGGGGGAAAGGAGGGAUUAUGAAACAAUAAGCCUAUUGAGAGAUGCUGGAGUUAAAUUAGCUAUUGUUUCCAACUUUGAUGCUUGCUUAAGGAUACCAUUGAAGGAUCUCAUUGAUGUUACAGAUUUGUUUGAUGCCAUUAUUAUAUCAUCAGAAGUUGGAUAUGAAAAACCAGAUGCAGAGAUCUUCAAAGCCACCUUAGAUCAUAUCAAUGUGGAGGCUGACAAAGUAGUGCAUGUUAGAGAUGAUCCAAGGGCAAAUAAAGUGGGAGCCCAUGCCGUAGAAAUUGAUUGCUGGUUGUGGGGAUAA